CGGCAUGCCGCGAUCUCCAUGGUAAUGUCAACAUUGGAGAAGCUGUGGAAACUUGGAUAUCACUGAAACAGUUCCAAUUUCUCUGCAAACAUGACGACUAUGUGUUCUAACCGAAAACCUUAUCCAUUCCCAACAUUUGAGAAUGAUGAUAAAUUUGCAGGGUCUCAACAGACGAUGAAAGAGCCUUAUUGCGAUCCAACCCACAUAGCCCAACAGCAGGAGCCUUGGGGACGACUCAACUCAGCUCCUACGCUAUCCAGUUCGAGGCGGGAUGUUUUUCAUCAUGACCCACAAGCACCAAGAGAUUCAUUAGAUUUUGUUUUAAAAGCAAAAUAUAAUCAUCAUGAUGAAUUUUUAAGGGACAAAAAUGAAACCUUGUAUCAACCAGAAACUUUGGGAUUGGACCAUGGACGUACAUUGAAAAAAAGAGAGAAGGAACAACCUAAAGUUGAAUACCCCUUGAAUCAUCCUCUGCGAAUUUACGAAACUCCAAAGAAGCAAGUUAUCCACAGUAUGCACAAUGCCAUUGGUUUCCAUCCACACACCCAGAGUACCAACCGGGGGUACAUCAGAAAGCAUGAUGGUGGCUACUACGCCAUCUAAGCAAUCAUCGACUUUAGCUGAAAAAGCCAUCACAGCGCCGCAACGAAUGGAGGCUACUCCCGGAAACACGAUGGUGGAUUCUACUGUCCUUAGAAGACGAACAGACUUUCAUUUCCAUAGCAAUAUGUGGAAGUAUUAACAUCACAACAUCAAAUUAAAGACCUUAUUUCACCGGAUGCCUUGUGAGAAGACCUUAUUUUUUCAUAGUUUGUAUGUUUUGUGCCUUUUCACAUGGACUCUUUGGGGUGAAUACAAAAUAAAUUGUUUAUCAAGAAACUUUUGACAGGCAGACUUGAGACGGCGUAAAAUGCAAUCGUUUAUUGUUAAUGUGAAAAAAAUGUAAGCUGUAGCUUUUCCAUGAACUUCUAGUCAAUGAUAGCCGUGGCCAGAUGUUGGCCAACUAUCUGACAUUUGCCAAAAAUAUGAAAUAUCCUGAUCGAACUUUGUGAUGAACUUGUUAAAAAAACUAAGAAACCCCCAAGAUUGCUUUUGAUUUUCUAUUCACAUCCUGAAGAGUCAUGUUUGGUGACCAUACACUUACGCUGUUGUAAAACCUGGUGAAGUUUCUAAUUACAGGAACCUAGCUGGGUGAAUUGAUUAUUUAAAAUUUGUGUCUUGUCCUUGUUAUCACGAAUGACACCAAGUGAGAUUCAGUAUUUCAAUGAGAAUUUUUAACUUACUCAUCUGCACAAGCAAAAUGUGAUUGAUUUUACAAUUAAAUUAUUAACUCGACUUUGUAUAUUUAAAUCGUGUAUUGUCAACCAGUAUCGUGUUAACUUGUUGAUGUAUGUCUGAUUGUGAUUCGGAGGCAAUUUACCAUAUGAAUUUUUCAUUCCAUGCACUGUUCGUGCGAUGUAUAUUUUGUAAAGAUUUACUGCUUUAGGUUUAGUAACGCAAAUCCUCUGACCCAGACAGUCCUUGGAACACCCUGCCUUGGAUUGUCAAGGUGGCAGGGUAAACUUUCUGCAUUGGCUGCGCAUGUACAGAGAUACUUAGCAAAAGAUUCAUGAUUUCGUACCUGUGGUUUGAAAACCCAAAUGGACCCGUAGAUAUCGGCCACCAUGACUACAUGCACAGUCGAGGCAGACAUAUCUUAGGAUGAUCGCGUGUGGUCAGUCAAUGUUUUCGAGGGAAAACGAUAUCAAGUCGAUGUUGAACAUCAUUAAAUCUCUCGGGGACAAGGUUUGGUCAUGCGGGGACACUGUUUGAUUUAUGUACAUUUACACAAGCAUACAGUAUGUAUGCUAGCUAGUAAUGCACCAGUCAGUUUGUUGUGCAUUGCAAAGAAAGUUCGGAAGACAUUAUAGUACAUGUAUGAUUUUGGAUAUUUUGAAAUAAAGUUGUAUCUGUUGAUAAAA